GAGUCGUGACUUGCCUGAUCAGAUCAAUCACUCUCAUUCCAUCUCAAGAUCAGUUUUUAGUGCAAAACUACACAUGUAUGUACACAGUCUGCAGUACGUACAACCAUCAAGAUUAACAUCACCAACAUUUACUCACAUUGUAAAAACCUAAUAAUUUGCAAAUAGUGAGAGUCAAAAUACUUAUAUCUAGUUCACACUACUACACACAUAUAUAAAAAAAAACAAUGGGGAACGUGACCAGUGACCACGUGUCGCCACUAAUGGAUACCGUCUCCCUGUCGCCAUUUACCACUCCUCCGACAACAACGGUGCUACCAGAAGUGACAAAAAUCCUGCGCGGUCUGCCCUCCAACUUGGGGGAAUUUCCGUACCAAGUUUUCUUCGAGGCGGUCAGACAAAACGAGACGAAACAUUGUUCUGGUUCGAUCCUGACGUCCGUUCUGGUCCUCACGGCGGCCCAUUGCGUCAUCGAUUCCGCGCCGGAAGAGUGGAACGUGUACGCUGGCCUGACCAAGAUAGAGGACAGGAGGCAUGAGCAGGUCAAAGGGGUCGCCAAAAUCUGGACUCAUCCAGACUACAAUAAAGGGCGAAAAUGGGCAAACGAUAUUGCGAUUUUGGUCUUGUCCUCGCCACUCCGACUGAACCAGUAUGUGGAAACAAUUUCGAUUUAUAAAAGACCAGAGAAAGUGAAUUUUGGAACCGUGGCGACUGUAGCGGGAUGGGGAGCCACACUGGUUGCAAACAUGUCCCGAAAUCUGCUCAAAGUCAACGUCACAGUGACUGCGUGCAUAGGUCGAGACCAAUUUGACAUUCUACCAAAAACCAUGAUAUGUGCGGGGGACGAGAAAUACGACGCGUGCGAAGGAGACUCAGGAGCUGCGCUUACAGUGAAUACCUCUACUGGAGAAAAGGUCGUCGUAGGAAUUGUUUCGUAUGGCCAGGCAUGCAAAUUAGCCGAGAGGAGACCCGGCGUUUACACGAACGUAGCAGAAUUUCAGGAAUUUAUUCAGUCAAUCAUGGAGAGACACAACACCAGCAAAUGCGGCUACAACUCGUUCUACUGCAUCGGAGAAGAUAAGUGUAUCCCGCUCCUCAAAUUCUGUGACGGCGUUAUCGACUGUGUCGAUUGGGCCGACGAAUUAGAAGAAAACGGUUGCGAACCUUGCCCCACGGACAACUUCCGCUGCCCCUUCUCGCCCGACUGCCUUCCUAAAACGGCCCUCUGUGAUGGCGAGAUAGAUUGCCCCCAAGGAGAGGACGAGUCUGCCUGCACGACCUGCACCAUGAACAGAUAUCGCUGCCAAAAUAGCACCAUCUGCCUACCGCGGGACAAUGUUUGCGACGGCGUGACACAAUGUCCCAACUCAGAUGACGAAUUAGACUGUCGGACCUGCGUGGACGGGUCCUUCCGCUGUCCAGGUUCGACAAAAUGUAUCCCGAACGAAAAAAGGUGCGAUGGGGUGAUCGACUGUCCCCACGCGAAGGAUGAGAUUGGCUGUAAAGCUUGCUCAAAUCCGAGCCUGUACCGAUGCCGGGAAACUAUGACGUGUAUCAAUGGGACUAAAAAGUGCGACGGUUCAUUAGACUGCCCAAGCGGGGAUGACGAACAGGGUUGCGAGUGGUGCACGAACGGCCGCGUAAGGUGUAUCGGAUUGCCAGAAUGUAUUGAAAGGGGGCAACGAUGCGAUGGAAAUUUGGACUGCAGUGACGGCCAGGAUGAAGCGGGCUGCUCGACUUGUCCCGACGGAAGAUUUAGAUGUCCCGGGACGCCAAUUUGUAUUCACGGCAAGCGAGUCUGCGACAAUGUUGAUGAUUGUCCUAAAGGCGAAGACGAAGGGGACUGUCACCUUUCUGUCAGAGUGAAUCGCCUCCCAGGACAAAGUCCUUUUCAAAUUGUGACGCCAAGAGAUGUAAAUUUGCCGGAAGGUGGGAGAAGGUUGCUAUCCACGUUGGCCCCUGUGAUUGAAAACUUUCCACAACUUUGGGACAAGGUGACGGAAAAACCGAAAGAGAUUUUGGAAAAUUUUGAAAAGAAUACGCAAAAAACGUGGGCCCAGGUGACAGAAAAACCGAAAGAGAUCGUGCAAAAUGUUGGGAGAGAGGUGAGCAAGACUUGGGGUACGGUUAGGGGUUGGUUUGGUGGAUGACCAACUACAUAAUUUGACACAUUUAAAUAUAUGUAAGGCGUAAAAUGUGACUGUUGAGUAGAUUGUCUCGAUAUUUGUUUUGUUUAUAAGAUGCUAAAUAAAUAAUUAAAUAAACAAUUAAGAGUUUAAUAAAAAUUGGUAUGAGAUUACUUAUA